AUGAUUACUAACAAUGAUGAUGUUCUUACACUACCAAGUCUACCUGAUUCAACUUUAUUCAUUCGUGUUGGUACAUCCGGUGUUCGUCAUCUUUUUCCUAUUCAUCUAACUGAUAUUGAUUAUAGUGAUGAUUUAUUUUGUCGUUCAAUAUCUUAUUUACGUUUUCAUACUCCAACAAGUAAACAAUGUACAAAUAUUGAAAUGAUUCGUAAUAUAUGUUUAUCAGUUCAAACAUUAGAACAUCUUGAUAUUAGUGAAAAUGAACUUGAAGAUUUACCAACAGAAAUUUGUUUACUUAUUCAUCUUCGAACAUUAAAUUGUUCACAUAAUAAACUUACAACUAUAUCGAAUUCAUUUGAAAAAUUAAAUCAAUUAAAACGACUUGAUUUAUCAUUUAAUAAUAUAAAACGUUUACCAAUUGUUAUCUAUACAUUUAAACAUCUUAUACGAUUAAAUUGUGAACAUAAUUCAAUUAAAAUAAUCGAUAUAGAUAUAUUAAAUCUUAAAUAUUUAAAAAUUUUUAUAUUUGAUCAUAAUCAUAUACAAACACUUGAUACAAUUGAUUUUAGUCAAAUGAAAAAACUUGAAUGUGUACAUAUAGCUCAUAAUCAAUUAAUUAAAUUUCCACGUAAUCUUCAUAAAUUAAAUUAUUUAAAAAAUAUUAAUUUAUCUCAUAAUUGUUUGACUAGUUUUCCAAUUGAAUUAUUACUUAUAAAUACACUUGAUGAAUUAAAUCUUAGUUAUAAUUUUCUAACACAAUUACCACCAUUAUUAGGUAUUUAUAAACGAACAUCACUUAUGUUUUCAAUUGAUUUAUCAUUUAAUCAAUUAAUAAAAAUUUAUGAUUAUCUUCUUUUAAUUUCUUUGAAAGUUGAUCUAUCAAAUAAUAAAAUUCAAUCAAUAUCAAAUGAUUUAAAUCGAAUAUUAAAUUAUGAUAUAAUUGCAAAUCGAGAAUUAAAACUUAAUAAUAAUCCAUUAAUACAACCAAUAAUUUUAUCGGAAAUUCUUCAUGAAGAAAAUAAAAAUUCAAGAAAUAUUCUUGAAAUAAUACGUUCAUGUUUUGAAGAACAACAAAUUAAUGAAAUUGUUCGACAAGGUUUUAAAAUAUAUAUUACUGGUUGUAAAAAAAGUGGUAAAUCAUCAUUAGCAUAUUGUCUUGAAGAAUAUAGACCAUUAAUAGAUGAUGAAAAAGAAGAAAGAAUUGUUAAUAUUCUUCAAUUUCCAUUUCAUUUUGAAAUAAACAAUGAUCAUUCAACUUUAGACAAUAAAUCUCAAACUCGUUUACCAAGAAAAUCUGUUGAUUUACCUAGAAUUGAACAACCACAAUUUGAUAUUGAUAUACGAAAACAAAAACGACUUUCAAUGAUUUCACCAAAACAGGCUGCAUUAGUUACAUCAAUAUCUCCUUUAUCAUUCGAUUCAAAUAAAUCUAUUCCAUUAACUAUAUAUGAUUUUAAUGGAUCACCAGAAUAUUAUGAAUAUGUAUCAACAUUUAUUGAUACGAAUGCUCUUCAUCUUAUUUGUAUUCAUACAUUUGAUUUUGAUAAAAAAACUCCUAGAAAUAUUGAAGAAAUAUUUAGUGAAACUUUUGAUAUAACAUCAUAUCCAAUAAUCAAACAAUUAUUACAAAUAUUACAAAUUCUUUGUGAAAAAAUAAUUAAAACAAAUGCUAUUAUAAUAUUACCUAUUGCAACAUGUAUUGAUCUAUAUGAUAAGCAAUCAAAAGAGGAUAAAAUUCAAGUAUUAGAUAAAAUUAAUAAAUUCUUUCAACUUUAUCUUCAAUUUCGUAUUAAUCGAAUAAAACAUGAAAUUGAACAAAUUAAUUGUCAUCAAACAAUAUCAUCUUCUCUUUCGGAUCGUCUUAAAACCUAUACUGCUCUUCUAAAUAUUAAUGUACAAAUUAAAUCUUGUCAAGCAAUUAGUUCAUUAACAUGUCAAGGUAUUAAUGAACUUAAUCAAAAAAUCAAAGAUUAUAUUUUAACAGAAAGUACUAUCUUUCCGCAUAUCAAUAGAAUUUUACCAACACUUUGGGCUGAAACAAAUCGAUAUAUUGAAUCAUUAGCAGAUGAUUUACCUGUUCCGUUUCUUCAAUGGGAAAAUUAUACGACUCAUAUUAUUAAUAAAUAUGGACUUUCAGAUUUAAUCAAUGAUAUAACAAUAUCAUUAUGUGAUCAAGGAAAAAUUUUAGUUUUAAAUGAAAUUGGUACAAAAAAUCGUAUUGUUUUUCUACGACCAUUAUGGUUAGGAGAUCUUCUAUCAUCAUUAUUUCAUCAUGAUAAUUUAUCUGAAUCAACAUACCAAUCGUAUAGAAAAGAAUAUCAACAAUAUGGUCGUUUACAUUCAGAUCUUAUUCAUUCAUUAUGGAUUAAUUUGUUACAUAAAAAAGAAUAUUUUUAUCAUGUUUGGAAUAUAUUAAUGCGUUUUUUAUUAAUUGCAUAUCCAAAAAUAAAUAAAAAACAAUUAAAAAAAUUUUUAAAUUCCGAAGAUAAAAAUGAAAUAAAAUUUGAUUAUUUUAUUGUUCCAUAUUAUUUACCAUUGAUUAAUUUGAAUGAACAAAAAGAAGAAAAAAUAGAUUUUUUAAAACAAUUUACUAAUAAAGUUAAUAUAUGUUAUCAAAGUUCAAUGUUACCAUUAGGAUUUUUUCAUCGAUUUUCUGUUUUGGCUAUAUUAAAAUCAGAUGUUAUUUAUAUAAAGCAUUGGAAUAAUUUUAUUAUAGGUGAACAUAAAGAAAAACAAGUUAAAUUUAUUAUUGAAACAAAUCAUCAUACAUAUAUACAUUUUUAUUGUGGAACAAAUCUUACUCAACAACCAUUUGAUAAUAUAUGGAAUGUACUUAUGUCAUUACUUUAUCUUGUUGAAGAAAUGUUUAAAAUUUUAGCUCCUAGUAAGUNAACGUAA